CAUCACAGGCUGUUGUGGUCUGAUUCUUACACAACUCAGCCUCUGCAAGAUCUUCUCUUAAAAAAAAUUGUUUCCUUUGCUGAGCUUGCUGUGGAAAAAAGGUUAACCUCACCUGCAGUCCCUAGUUUGGCAGGAGGCUAUAACAGAGAUGAAAAAACUAUCCAGGUGAGAUUUUACCAUAAUUUAUUUGAAGCCAAGCAGAAUGUGUUAAGUUUGCAGAUUUUGCUCAAUAACCACUUCCUAACAAGGGAUUGACUCACUGCCAGCCUAUAGACUGAAGACCUCUAGAGCAGAUUUUGAGAGGAGGGGAAGAAUUGCCCCAUCCUGGUUCUGCUGGUGGAACAAGGAGAACAACUGAAUUGAAUCCUGGCUGCUUUAUCUAAGCAGUCAUCAUGACCGAAGAUUAUGGGACCCUCGCUAACUUUGUUUAUGAGGACCUGCCUCCUCCAUGUGACAAAAGGGACAUUCAGAUGCUUGGGAAACGCUAUCUGCCUGUGCUAUAUGCCAUUGUGUUCAUUGUUGGGCUUGUGGGAAAUUUCUUGGUAGCUUUUACCAUUGUGAAAGGUGGAUGCCAGAAGAGCAUCACUGACAUAUAUCUUUUGAACCUGGCUAUCUCUGAUCUUCUGUUUGUGGCUUCUCUUCCUUUCUGGGCUUUUUAUUUAAUACAUGGAUGGACACUUGGAGAUGUUUUUUGCAAAAUAAUUUCCUCUUUGUAUUCUGUGGGCUUUUGGGGGGGCAUAUUUUUCAUUACCAUCAUAAGCAUUGAUAGGUAUCUGGCUAUUGUCCAUGCAACAUAUUUUAUAAAAGCUAGGAGUGUCAACCGUGGAUAUCUCACAAGCUUUGUGGUGUGGGUACUGGCAAUUUUCUUUUCAGCCCCCCACUUUGUAUUCAUUCAAGCAUCAGAGGAAAGCUGCGCUUCUCAGUAUCCUGAACAUCUUAUGGAAAUCUGGCCAGUUUUCACCUACCUGGAAACAAACAUCAUAGGGUUCCUUCUUCCAGUGUGUAUCAUGGGCUUUUGCUACCUGAGGAUCAUCAGAACCUUGUUCUCCUGCAAAAACCACCGGAAAAAAAGAGCUGUGAAACUUAUUUUAAUGGUGGUGCUCGUGUUUUUUCUAUUCUGGACCCCAUACCAUGUAUCACUUUUUCUGCAUACAUUACGGUUUUAUGACUUUUUUGAGGACUGCAGCUCCUUAAGGCUCUUAGAUUACACCAUGCAGGUGACUGAAUCACUAGCUUUCAGCCACUGUUGUCUUAAUCCAAUCAUCUAUACUUUUGCUGGUGAGAAAUUUAGAAAGUUCCUUUUGCACAUGGUUCUUACAUGCCUCUCAUUUGUUGGUUUAUGUGGCAAGUAUCGUGGCAAAGCUCCCACUCCUCUUCCAGAAACUGCCUUGUCCACCAAUCAGACCCAGAACACCAGUGAACAAGAUGGGUCUGUCCUUCUCUGAGCAUUCAGUAAUAGAAGUACUGGAGAAUAUUUCAGAUAGAGAAUGCUGAGCUUUAAGUUUGCCAAAUUGUGCACGGUUUUUUCUCACUGUUCUUGAAAAAAUAGUAACAUUUGUAUAUAGGACAUGUCUACAUUUCAGUUAUUCUUUAUAGAGAUAGGUGUUAUAUAACAUGUUGUAUAAAAAAUACAAAAGGACGGAAGGUGUUUUGUUGCCGAUUUAAGAGCAACCGUGCAAAAAAAGCACAGCAUUGUGUUUCAGAAGUAACUCAGCUGGAACCUGCAGGAAGGGAAUUAUGUGAGCUAUGUGAGGAAAACACAGCUUUUACAGUCAUAUUUGAAAUCUAGUUGGAAAUGCUACAGGAAGCUAAGACUCUUGCAGCUGCACAACCUGACAGUGUCAGUAGAGGGGAAUUAUAUGAGUUGUCUUCAAAAUAAGCAACAUUUUUGUAUGUUAUUGAUUUAUUAGUGUGGGUUUAUAUGUUCCUGAUGAAUAAUAAAUAACUACUAUUGA